AUGUUGAGAUCAAGAUCAACCAAUACCUUCUUGAGGCUGAGAAUUACCCAGCAAAGGCUAUUUUCACAUUCAUUAUUAGCAUUAAAUGCAACCGUGGUAUCCGGAACCAAGUUGGCUGCCAAAAUACGAAAUGAUGUUGCUGAAAAAGUUUUGCAAUACAACAAAGAACAUUACGGAAUUGACUCUGCACCAUUAGAAAAGCUAAAGUUUAAACCGUCGUUGACUAUUGUUCAAGUUGGUUCAAGACCAGACUCGUCGGCAUAUGUGCGGUCGAAAUUGAAAUCGGCCGAGAAAUCCAACAUUAAAGCAAACCUCUUCAAGUUUGAUGAGGAUAUUAGCCAAGAUGACUUGGUCGAUGAGAUUGAUCGUUUGAACAAGGACCCCCAGGUUCAUGCCAUAUUAGUUCAGUUGCCUUUGCCCAAACAUAUUGAUGAGACAUUAAUCACAAAUUCUGUUAUUACGGAAAAGGAUGUCGAUGGUUUCGAUCACUACAAUGUGGGUCAACUAUCCAAAAAGGGAGGUAUUCCACAUUUCAAACCUUGUACACCUAAUGGUAUAAUGGAGUUGAUCAAGACCACUGGAAUCAACUUGAGGGGUAAGAAUGCAGUAGUCAUUGGAAGAUCCGAUAUCGUUGGUACUCCUGUUGCAACUAUGUUAAGGAAUGAAGAUUGCACAGUUACAAUCUGUCAUCGUUACACCAGCAAUUUGCCAGAAAUUGUAUCCAAGGCAGAUAUUAUUGUUGCUGCGGUUGGGAUUGCAGAAUAUGUUAAGUCAUCUUGGGUGAAAGAUGGGGCUAUUGUUAUUGACGUCGGUAUCAACUACAAAGAGGAUCCAACAGCCAAGAAUGGGAGAAGAUUGGUUGGUGACGUCGACUAUCAAGAUGUAGUUAGAAAAGCUGGGUUCAUUACUCCUGUCCCUGGUGGUGUUGGGCCCAUGACAGUAGCAAUGUUGUGCUCGAAUGUAUAUGAUGCAGCUGUCUUGCAUGCGAAGAAGGCACAUGAGCACAAGUUCAAGCCUCUUCCAUUAGACUUAAAGACCCCAGUUCCAUCUGACAUUGAGAUAUCGAGGGCUCAGAAGCCAAAAGUUAUCACCAAAGUGGCAAAGGAGUUGGGAUUAUUGGACAAAGAAUUGGAGCCAUUUGGCCAUUACAAAGCUAAAGUUGACGCUAAAGCAGUAAUUGAGAGGCUUGAUGCCCAAGUAGAAGGAUCCGCUGAUGAUAAAGGAUACUAUGUCUUGGUUGCUGGUAUAACCCCAACUCCAUUGGGUGAAGGUAAAUCCACCACAACUAUGGGAUUGGCUCAAGCACUUGGUGCUGAGUUGGGAUACAACUCCAUUGCUAAUGUUAGACAACCUUCUAUGGGUCCUACUUUUGGAGUCAAAGGAGGAGCAGCCGGAGGUGGUUAUGCCCAAGUUAUACCUAUGGAUGAAUUUAACAUGCACUUGACUGGUGAUAUACAUGCCAUUUCUGCUGCCCAGAAUUUGCUCUGUGCUGCUGUUGAUACGAGAAUGUUUCACGAAGCUACAUCGAAAACCAUUGGUGGAUUUUUCAAAAGAUUGGUGCCAGCCAAAAAAGGCAAAAGAAGUUUCACACCUUCGAUGUUAAAGAGGUUAGAGAAAUUAGGCAUUAACAAGACAAACCCUGAUGACCUUACCCCAGAAGAAGUUGAAAAGUUUGCCAAGUUAGAUAUUGAUCCAGACUCGAUUACCAUCAAGAGAGUGGUUGAUUGCAACGACAGAUUUGUGAGAGAGAUUACAAUUGGUGAAGGUAAGAAUGAGGCUAGCAAAUAUUCACCAAGAAAGACAGGUAUGGAUAUCACUGUAGCUAGUGAGUUGAUGGCAAUCUUGGCGCUUUCAAACUCGCUCAAGGAUUUGAGACAAAGGGUUGGUAAAGUUGUUAUUGGUACUCAGAAGGGAACUGGAGUAGCUAUUACCGCUGAAGAUAUCGGAGUCGCUGGAGCAAUUACAGCAUUGUUGAAAGACGCUAUCAAACCAAAUUUAAUGCAAACAGUUGAAGGAACACCAGUAUUUGUGCACGCAGGUCCCUUUGCCAACAUUUCCAUCGGAGCUUCAUCUGUCGUAGCUGAUAAAGUUGCGCUAAAAUUGACCUCGCCAUCUAACCCAAUUAAUAGUGGACACCCAGGAUUUGUGAUUACUGAAGCUGGUUUUGAUUUCACAAUGGGUGGUGAACGUUUUUUCAAUAUUAAAUGUAGGAGCUCAGAGUUAAAACCGGAUACUGUUGUCUUGGUUGCUACAACUAGGGCAUUGAAAUUACACGGUGGUGCCCCUGAUGUCAAACCAGGCCAAUCCUUGCCAGCGGAAUAUGUUACCGAGAACUUGGAACCAUUAGAAAAGGGAUGUGCUAACUUGGCCAAGCAAAUUUCAAACAUCAAGCAGUACAAUGUUCCUGUUGUUGUUGCCAUCAACCAGUUUGAAACCGAUUCUGAUGCUGAAAUUAAAUUGAUUGAGAAAUUGGCGUUGGAAGCCGGUGCAGACUAUGCAGUUCCAUCUAACCAUUGGGCUAAAGGUGGAAUGGGUGCCAAAGAGUUGGCAGAAGCAGUUGUCAAAGCUGUUAAGCAAGCUCCACACGGAGAACAGCAAUACUUGUAUGAUGUGAAUGAUUCAGUUGAAAACAAGUUGAACAAGAUUGCCCAGAAGAUGUAUGGAGCCAAGGACAUUGAGUUGUCACCAUUGGCAAAGGAACAAAUUGAAACUUACACCCAACAAGGUUUUGACAAGUUGCCAAUAUGUAUUGCCAAAACACAAUAUUCGUUGUCUCAUGACCCUGCAUUGAAAGGUGUGCCAACUGGUUUUACUGUACCAAUCAGGGAAGUUAGGUGUUCCGCAGGUGCAGGAUAUUUGUACGCAUUGGCUGCAGAGAUUAUGACGAUUCCCGGAUUACCUACGCAUGCCGGUUUCAUGAAUGUUGAAGUUAAUGAAGAUGGAGAGAUUGAAGGUUUGUUUUGA